AUGGAUUUUAACCCUACUCGAACAACAGUCCACAAUGAAGGUUGCGACCUGCAUUACUGGUACCAAGGCAGCGGCCCUCUCAUGAUCUUUGUGCCAGGCGGAAACGGCCACGGAAGACAGUUCAACAACAUUAUAGCUGCUCUAUCAGGCCGUUUCACUUGUGCAACUUUUGACAGACGUCAGAUGUCAGCCAGUCAAGUCCCAGUCAACAAACCAUUGAGUAUGACUCAACAAGCACGAGAUUUGCGAGCCGUCAUAAAGGCUAUAGGCUUAGAGAAAGCGAUCAUAUUCGGGAGCAGUAGUGGUGGUAUCAUCGGAUAUCAGUUCGCCCACGACUUUCCAGAUAUGGUAGUCCAUCUGAUCUCGCACGAAGCCGGAAUCUCCGUCCUCAUGCCUGAAGCGAGCGAAAUAUACGAUUGGAUGUAUGGUCUCAUUGAAUUACACAAAACCAAAGGCCUGGACGCUGUCGCAGCGGAAUUCGAUAAAUGCUUGAUCGGAUAUAAGGACGAAGGUCUCCCAAAAUCUCAGUCUCCUGAACCAGAAAACGCUCGCAACUUUUGGGAGUAUGAAUUUCCCUCACAGCUAGGUUAUUGUCCCAAUUUCAUCCGCAUCAAGGAGAACAAGACUAGUAUAGGGGUGAUGAGAGGCGUUAGGUGUAAGGAAGCGUUUUAUGCGAGAGCGAUUGAGUAUCAGGCCGAGAUUUUGGGGUGUCCACGUAUGACUGUGCCGGGUCAUCAUGAGGGGUUUCAGUGCGAGACAAAGGAAUUUGUUCCUGCUCUGUUGGAAAUGUUGGAUAUUCUAGAAAAGAGGAAGGCAUCUGCAUAA